AGAGGAGAAUCUCUUGUACUUGUAAGUAAGCAUCGAUCAUUCUUUCUCCAGAUGCCGCUUUUCGUCGAUCUCUGAGUCCAAGCUUUGAAGGCCUCUUCCUUGAGCUGUUGUGAGGCUUGUAUUGGACUCCUUUGAAACAUCCAAGCAAGUUAAUCAACCUGCCUUGAGUAAUGAGCGUUUUGGGAAGAGAAAAGUCUACAAACUCUUCAGAGUUUAGGAAAGCAGUUGAGCUGAAGAAGAGCAGAGGAGAAAAUGCCUUUUUAUGAUUGUAUGCUUCUGUUGAAGCCACAUGUUAACAAGGAAAGUUUGAUGGACUUAGUUGCUCGAGUUGGAAAACAUGUGUACAGAAGGAAUGGUGUUCUUACUGAUAUAAAGUCAUUUGGGAUUGUUCGAUUGGGCUAUGGAAUUAAGAAGCUAGAUGGGAGAUAUUAUCAGGGCCAACUGAUGCAGAUGAGCAUGAUGGCUACACCCAACUUCAACAAGGAGCUGCAUUACCUGAACAAAGAAGACCGAUUGCUACGGUGGCUUCUGGUUAAACACCGAAACACCAAAUACGGCCUGGAAUUUCUGAAUGAAGAUGAUGUUAGAAGUGAGCUGAGCAAGUUCCCGCGAAGCACCUUAUUCGACGAUGAGAACAUUGAUGAGGAUGAGGAUGACGAUGAUGAAGAAUAUGAAGUGAACCAAGAUGAUGGUCACAAUGAUGAAGAAUAUGAAGUCAACCAAGACAAGGAGGAAAAGUGAAAUCUUGUAGUCAUGUUUAUAUGAUUAUGAGGGCUGAUUAUGUGGGCAUUUUGUUAGCAUGCCCUUCUUAGGGAUUUCUGUACUAGUUUAAGAGUUCUAGCAUUGUGUUUUUGGUAGAUUGUGUUUAUUGAUUUACUAGAUUGUGAGUUUUGGCCUGAUUCUGGUGAUGGACGGAUGCUUAAUAAUCCUUUUUGGCAAUUGACUAAAGCCAUUGAAUCUCAGAGUUGUUAAUAGCUAGUUUCACUCGAUACUUCUAUACUUUACA